GACAGCAGCACCUGAGCCACACUCACACACUCACCACUCGCCGAGAGGUGGACGCGCUCUGAGUGGAUUAUAAUCUGACCUUUUCACCCUGACUGGACCUUUAUAUCUCUCCCCCACCUGCACUGGCAGACCAGAACCACGAUGGAUUCAAGUGAACUGAGUCGAAUCCUCAACAACGCCAACGCUAACCUGUACCCAUCUGAGUCCCAGCCCACCCUGACCACCAUGAUGGUUCCCAGCAUGCUCCGCACCCCCCAUAACCUCGACAUGUCCUACUCCAACAGCUUCAACACGCUGGGCCCUUGGCACCAGGUGAACCCGCAGUACUGGACCAAGAGGAACGUUCUGGAGUGGAUUGAGUUCCAUGUAGAGGAAAGCAAAUACGAUGCUAGCUUGCUAAGUCUGGAGUACUGCAACAUGGAUGGAACCAUGCUGUGCCAGCUUAGCAGAGACAUCAUGACUGGCAUGUUUGGGCCGCUGUUUGGAGAACGUCUCUACCAGAGCCUCGAGGUCCUCAAAGCUAAAUACACAGACGACCUCACGCAGAACUGCACCCUGAACGAAACAUAUGAGCUUCUGGACAGCUUCCUCCUGGACUUUCCUCAGGGUCUCGGUCUGCUGGACACUGUGGUCGUUAACAGCUUGCCCACAGAUAAGAAAGAGGCUGACUUUGGCUACUUCAACGAGUACAAGACCCAGCUGACACCGGGCAGUGACAACGGCUACGACUCUUAUUCCGAGAGUCUUCAGAGCUCCACAGCAGGCAGUUUUCUGAACCCGAGUUCGCCAGAAUCCACCAUGAGCGACUCUGAUCCGGAAUACUACCCCAUCCCAACAAAGAGCUUUGUGAAGCAGGAGCCGGUGGAGAAGAAAAAGAGAGGCAGACCUCCCAAACUCAGCCGCGGAUCCGAACACUUCCUGGAGACCAAGAAGAACAAACACGCGCCCCGCGGUACGCACCUGUGGGAGUUUAUCCGGGACAUCCUGAUCCACCCGGAGAAGAACCAGGGCCUGAUGAAGUGGGAGGACCGCAGAGACGGCGUUUUCAAGUUCUUGAAGUCAGAGGCCGUGGCUCAGCUCUGGGGCCAGAAGAAGAAGAACAGCAGCAUGACAUACGAGAAGCUCAGCAGAGCCAUGAGGUACUACUACAAGCGUGAGAUCCUGGAACGGGUGGACGGCCGCAGGCUCGUCUACAAGUUCGGGAAGAACUCGAGCGGCUGGAAGUUGGAGGAGGUGGGGGUGUGAAGGGAACGGCUCGGGAUCGAGACGGAAGCUGACGGAGGGAGGAACCGCAAGCUCGGACGGACUCUCUCGCACUUGAACGUAGAAGCUCGAGACUCCUACCAUGAAGGACUGUAACACUGAGACGUUCUGGUCUGAAGGCCCUUUUGUACAGAGACAAACUUCCCGAACGUGGGGAACUGACAUACAGACAAACUGUAAGCCACUUUUGGCUAAAGUAGGUUUUAUGAACCAACAAUAAUAAUAGUAAUAAUAAUAAUGUUGUGUUGUAAUUCUUGUGUUUUCUGAUUGACACUGCUCUGGUCCAAUGGGCACGCUGGCGUGACCAAGCAAAAACUCGCUAGAUGUCCUGGAAUGACGUCUAGCCGGCGAAUACGUGUUUACUGAAAGUAAAUGACCGUUUGGGAAACGGACGUAUUCUCAGAUCGCGCAACCGCUCCGGAGAAACAUCAGAGUUGAAGGUUUAUGUACAAAAUGUUGUUUUAUUUUGGCGAGAUGUGGAACAAACUCUGCCUGAGUUACGAUGAAGAUAAGAAUUUAAGAAUUCUACCACGUUGCUGUCUAUGAAGUUAAACUUAGCUGUACUACUCUUUGACUUUUCUACAGUGCAGGACGUUACUGUGUUUAUUCUCUGCUCUGCUUUGGUGUCAAUCAGUUGAAAAUCAGAAUUGUGUUUGGGGUGAUUACUGUGUUAUUCUAUUCAGCUGGACUGUGAUUUAAUCACAAAUUCUGUAUGAGAAUUACUUCUCAGAUUGUAUCGCUCAAGAGACAUUUGCUACUAUGUAUGACAUCCUGUGUGUUUUGUUUUUAUAUCAGAUAUUUUCUAAAAUAAAGUUCAUGAUAUGCCAUCAUA